AAUGAUAAAUCGUUUAAAAACCCUAAUUCAUUUCAUCUUCACUCUCGAUCGCUACUGUCUGUGAGUGUGGGUUGGGUUACAGAGGUUCGCGAAGUUCUACUUUCGAUUGCUACUUCAACUUCGGCGCUUUGAACCUGAGAAGAUGGAGAAAUCAAUUUCAACUGAAAAGCGAGGACGAUGGAUCAUGUCUCCUUUUACAACAGACUCUGCCAUAUCCACACUAUCAUAGUCACAUGUUGUAUUUGCUUUCUGGUGAGAGGUUUGAGAAUAAAGUCAAAUUAGGUUCGCCAACUCCGUUCAGAAAGUCUGACAACCCUGGAUUUAUAUUGGGUCCCGUUAUUAACGGAAUUGUUUGUCUUUACCAAAGUGGUACAAAUGUUGUAUUAUGGAAUCCAACUAACGGCGAAUUUAAGGUGCUUCCUGAAAGUCCUACUGAGUUAGAGCCCUCAGUACGUUAUGAGAUUGAACUGGAACGACUUCAUGGAUUUGGUUAUGACAGUGUUAGCGACGACUAUAAGGUGAUUCGCCAUGUACAGUAUGAACUGAAUUUAUCCGACUAUGAAAAUGAUGAUAGCGACUUUGAAGGUGAUGCGUUAUCUGACUAUGAAAGCGAUGCGGUAAGUCUGCCAACUAGCAUGUCACGUGAUGAUGUGUGGGAGAUAUACAGCUUAAGAAGUAACUCUUGGAGGAAACUUGAUUUGGAUAUGCCUUGUGGUAUGAGGACUAGUGUAGGUGUCUAUGUGUAUUUGAAUGGAGCGUGUCAUUGGUGGGAUGACGACGACGACGAUGAUAAUGACGCAUAUUUGGUGUCAUUUGACUUAAGCAAGGAGGUCGUUUGUAUAACACCCAUGCCCUCAACUAAGAUUGUUAAUUUUGAUUCUGGAUUAGAGAUGAGACACUUGACGGUGUUAAAUGACCACAUUGCUUUGAUCUCAUAUUUUGAACUGUCGGCUACUUUUCACAUAUCAAUUUUGGGUGAAGUUGGUGUGAAGGAGUCUUGGACUAAACUCUUCAUUCUAACCUUACCUGGCAUUCAUCAUCCUAUUGGAGAGGGAAGGAAUGGUGAUUUAUUCUUCAGAAGAGAUGAUAACAAACUGGUUUGGUUUAACUUGAGAACCCAGAUGAUGGAGGAACUUGGUAUUAAAGGGCAAAUGCAUUGUUGUCAGGUAGUCAUUUACAAGGAAAGCCAUCUUUCCCUUGGAGGAUUGAAUGGUUGAUUAUUUUUCCUUUUUUAUCUCAGAUUUCACCCUAGAGGUUUAUGGUAAUGGUUAUUAGGUUUUUACCUUGUAUGCAAAUUGGCUUGUCAAUUGCGCAAAUCAUAAUUAGUUUCAAGACAAGUUAUAGAAUGAUUGAUGUAUGAAUCUUGGUUUAUGGAUUUUAUUUUGAUGUUUAA